AGAGACCUGUCUAUGAGCUCCAGCCUCCGGUGAACGUCACACGUUGGGGAAGUCCGUCACCGCGGCUGUUGGACCUGCUGCAGCUUUCGAGGUUCCGAUCGGUUCCAUUUUUUAUUUAGGUUCAAACCGAGACUCUUAACGUCGGCCUCUAAACCAAUUGUCGAUCAACGAAAACGCUGUGGAUUUUAACUGUCUUCAUACUAAUCCCGGAAACCCGUCAGUAAAGCGAAAGUUGAGAGAGUCGAGAUGAGCGUGGAGGCGUACGGGCCGAGCUCCCAGACCCUCACCUUCCUGGACACCGAGGAAGCGGAGUUGCUCGGAGCGGACACCCAGGGCUCGGAGUAUGACUUCACCGACUUCACCCUUCCCAGUCAGACGCAAACUCAAGGGCAGACACAGAGCCAGCUGGACAGCCAGGUAAAUGGUCCUGAUGAGGGUCUUCACAACGGUGGAGUGGAUGAUUCCGUGGCCAAAGCCAGCCAACUGUUGGCCGAGCUGAACUUUGAGGAGGAUGAAGAGGACACGUACUACACCAAAGACCUACCCUUGCACGCGUGCAGCUACUGUGGUAUCCACGAUCCAGCGUGUGUGGUAUACUGCAAUACCAGCAAGAAGUGGUUCUGUAAUGGGCGUGGCAAUACAUCUGGCAGCCAUAUUGUAAACCAUUUGGUGAGAGCCAAGUGCAAAGAAGUGACACUGCAUAAAGAUGGGCCGCUGGGCGAAACCGUGCUGGAGUGUUACAACUGCGGCUGUCGCAACGUCUUUCUCCUGGGCUUCAUCCCAGCUAAGGCUGAUUCUGUGGUGGUGCUACUCUGCAGGCAGCCCUGUGCCAGCCAAAGCAGCCUGAAGGACAUCAACUGGGACAGCUCGCAGUGGCAGCCGCUGAUCCAGGAUCGAUGCUUUCUGUCCUGGCUGGUGAAGAUCCCGUCAGAACAGGAGCAGCUUAGAGCCCGUCAGAUCACGGCCCAGCAGAUCAACAAGUUGGAGGAACUCUGGAAGGACAAUCCCACUGCCACCUUGGAAGACCUGGAGAAACCUGGAGUAGAUGAGGAGCCCCAGCAUGUACUGCUGCGUUACGAGGAUGCUUAUCAAUACCAAAAUAUAUUUGGCCCUUUGGUCAAAUUGGAAGCUGACUACGACAAGAAGCUUAAGGAGUCACAGACUCAAGAUAAUAUAACGGUUAGGUGGGAUCUGGGGCUGAACAAAAAGCGGAUUGCCUAUUUCACUCUUCCUAAGACGGAUUCAGAUAUGCGGCUGAUGCAAGGUGAUGAGAUUUGUCUGCGGUACAAGGGAGACCUGGCCCCACUGUGGAAGGGCAUUGGUCAUGUCAUCAAGGUCCCAGACAACUAUGGAGAUGAAAUUGCCAUUGAGUUGCGGAGCAGUGUUGGAGCACCUGUGGAAAUCCCCCACAACUUUCAGGUGGACUUUGUGUGGAAGUCAACUUCCUUUGAUAGGAUGCAAAGCGCCCUGAAGACGUUUGCGGUGGAUGAGACCUCAGUGUCUGGCUACAUUUACCACAAACUCCUGGGCCAUGAGGUCGAGGAUGUCACCAUUAAGUGCCAGCUGCCAAAGCGCUUCACUGCCCCAGGCCUUCCUGACCUCAAUCACUCACAGGUGUAUGCCGUGAAGACGGUGCUUCAGAGACCUCUUAGUCUGAUCCAGGGGCCACCUGGCACUGGGAAGACCGUCACCUCUGCCACGAUUGUGUACCACUUGUCCCGACAGGGCAACGGACCAGUUUUGGUGUGUGCUCCCAGUAACAUUGCUGUGGACCAGCUGACUGAGAAGAUCGAUAAGACUGGACUGAAGGUUGUCAGGCUGUGUGCCAAGAGCAGGGAGGCCAUCGAGUCCCCUGUGUCUUUCCUUGCUUUACACAACCAGAUCAGCAACAUGGACAGUAUGCCGGAGCUUCAGAAACUACAGCAGCUAAAAGAUGAGACUGGUGAGCUGUCGUCUGCUGAUGAGAAACGCUACAGGGCUCUGAAACGCACUGCUGAGAGGGAGCUGCUCAUGAACGCUGACGUAAUCUGCUGCACUUGUGUCGGAGCUGGAGACCCUCGUCUGGCCAAGAUGCAGUGUUCAAUCCUGAUCGAUGAGAGCACCCAAGCCACUGAGCCUGAGUGUAUGGUGCCCGUGGUGUUGGGAGCAAAGCAGCUUAUUCUGGUGGGUGACCACUGCCAGUUGGGUCCUGUGGUGAUGUGUAAGAAGGCGGCUAAAGCAGGUCUGUCGCAGUCCCUGUUUGAGCGCCUGGUGGUCCUGGGGAUCCGGCCGAUCCGCCUGCAGGUCCAGUACCGAAUGCACCCGGCUCUCAGUGCCUUCCCCUCUAACAUUUUCUACGAGGGAUCCCUGCAGAAUGGCGUCACUGCAGCUGACCGCAUCAAGAAAGGCUUUGACUUCCAGUGGCCACAACCAGACAAGCCCAUGUUCUUUUACGUUACUCAAGGUCAGGAGGAAAUCGCCAGCUCUGGAACCUCGUACCUUAACAGGACUGAAGCUGCAAACGUGGAGAAAAUCACCACCAGGCUGCUGAAGGCGGGAGCCAAACCCGAUCAGAUCGGCAUCAUCACCCCAUACGAGGGUCAGCGCUCCUACCUGGUCCAGUACAUGCAGUUUAGCGGCUCCCUGCACACCAAACUCUAUCAGCAAGUGGAAAUUGCCAGCGUGGACGCCUUUCAGGGCAGAGAGAAGGACUUCAUAAUCCUGUCUUGUGUUCGAGCCAACGAGCACCAGGGAAUCGGCUUCCUGAACGACCCUCGCCGUCUCAACGUGGCGCUGACCAGGGCCAAGUAUGGUGUGAUCAUUGUGGGCAACCCCAAGGCGCUCUCCAAGCAGCCACUGUGGAACAACCUGCUGAACAACUACAAGGAGCAAAAGGUCCUCGUGGAGGGCCCCCUAAACAACCUGAGGGAGAGCCUCAUGCAGUUCAGCAAGCCCCGCAAACUGGUCAACACCAUCAACCCUGGAGGACGUUUUAUGAGCACUGCAAUGUACGAUGCCCGUGAGGCUCUCAUCCCUGGUUCUGCAUACGACCGCAGCAAUGGUGGACGUCCAUCUAAUAUGUACUUCCAAACACAUGACCAGAUUGGGAUGAUUGGUGCAGGCCCAGGUCCCAUGGCUGCUAUGAAUAUUCCUAUACCCUUCAACUUGGUGAUGCCACCAAUGGCUCCACCUAGCUAUCUAGGUCAGACCAAUGGCCCUGCUGCAGGACGUGGAGCAAUGAAAGGUAAGCCUGGGCGUGGCGGGCGGCAGAGGGUCCGUGGUUCAGCACACCAGGGUGCCAGUCAGGGUAAUGGACCCAACAGUCAGGCCAGCCAGGAUGGAGCCUCCCAAUCCUUCUCCCAGGGGCCACUGACACAAGGCUACAUCUCCAUGAGCCAGCCCUCACAGAUGAGCCAACCUGGCCUCUCCCAGCCAGAGCUCUCCCAGGACAGCUACCUGGGUGACGAGUUCAAGUCCCAAAUCGACGUGGCUUUGUCCCAGGACUCGACCUACCAGGGUGAACGUGCGUACCAGCAUGGCGGCGUGACUGGACUGUCGCAGUACUGAAGUGUUACCCAAAGAAGGGAGCUAGGCUUGAGCUGAGCUUAGUUCAUCAGCUUUUUAAUCUGGGAAAUAAUAAUAACAUAAAAUGGAUACCUGUUUUCCUCUGCUACAACCGAAGCACCACCAUGUGAAAGCGACGGGAUAGCGAAACCAAACCAAUGACCAGCGAGAGAAACAAAGAGGGUAGAAGAAGAAGAAGAGAGCACGAACAGACAGGCAGGGAGAUGGCAUAAGAUGCCGAGUGAACAAGCGAGAGGCAGGAACCAAUGCCCGUGCAGAGUGAAGGAGGGAGGUCGAAAAGAUGGCGGCUUGUGGUCGGGCUGCUGAGGGAAACACAAGAGGUCUAAACGGUCUCUCAUGGGAAUCCAAAUGAGGUUGAGCUCAAAAUAAAAUAAUCUUCCCAACACCUUCCCAUCCACAGCGUCUGAGAAAAGUUCAUACGCUCGUCUUCAGGUGAAGAUCGUAGCUUUUCAGCAGAAUUUGAAGAAACCUGGUUUCACGACCUGGUUGCAGUUCUGCUUCCCCGUGCUAAAAGCUGGUUGACUCUCAACCUGUGCAGUGCCCUGGACUAUUUUUAAAAUUAGGUUUGACAUGGGAGAAGCGUGCUACCUACUGUCUUCUACUGGACCCUCCAAACCUCAGCAGCCUCUAAAGAAAGCGGCAGUCGACGGACCCUCUCAGAGAGGAAUGACAAACUCUGUUUCUGUGUCUGAGUCUGAUAUUGAAAUGCCUUUCAUUCGCCUUGAGAACCACUGGCUCGUUCACAAGGUCUGCAGUGGGGUGGUUUCGACCACCCGUCAGUGGUGGAGUGGCAUGGGGAUUUCAGACUUUUUUUUUUUUUUUCCUUCUUUUUCAAGGCAUGAGACGCGAAUCCCGACGAUGUCGCGAUCAUCAUGGGACAGUUUACCUUUCUUACCACAGAGCACAAAAUUGCAAAAAAGUCAUUGAAACUAUCAAACAUGACCAGCAUUGAAUAUUCAGCUCGGCGUCAUUUGAUGUUUCAGCGAAGGCUUUUUUCCCCCUCUUAUUUUAAUCUUUCGAACGACGGCGUCUUUGACGUCCCGCUGUCUUUUUAAAACACCCUGUGUACGCCUACAUUGGCAAAUGCUUGAAUGCUUUUGCUCUGAGUGAUUUCCUCAGGGGAUUGUGGACUGUCCACACUCAUCACGUGAAUCCCUGCUUGAGGUAAGAGAAACUAAACGGGGACAUUUAGAUGAGGCUAACAGGCGGUCGUGGCGAUCAAUCAACCGCAAGAAAGUAGAAGAAAAGGAAGGUGGCUGAGGCAGAGAAGGAAACAUGUUAAAGUCAGAGGUUUAGGGAGAAGAGUGGACUUUUUCAUACCAGAUGCCACUGUUUUUUCCACCUUAAUGAAGCCAUAUUAAAGGUCACGUCGACCACCCAAAUACAACGAAAGCUAAUCAGGUUGAAAAGAAGUGUUUGAAAUUCAGAAAUGAGCUUGAUCCGAAAGACUUUUGGUUCCCGUGGAUUCAAAUUGUUCCGUUAUUAACCCCCAGUCACUCACAGCAGAAAACGCCAUCCAGUACUGAUCGGGCGGUGGCAGAGAGAUGAAAUAAAACAGCGAAUGAGACCAGAAUCAGUGCCUAUAACCGCUCACCCUCAGAUAAACAGCCACAGCACAAGCAUGAAUGUAGUUCCAGUCAAACGACCAGCAUUUUCAACAACCUUCCUGACACCAGAGGGCUUAAGAAACCCACAGAAAAGGACUUCUUUUAUUUAUAUAUUUUUAUUGUUUGAAUAAAAAGCAAGUGAGUCUAGCAGCUGGGCUGAUUGAGGGACAGGGGAUACAAAAGCCACCUUCCUUCUCUGUGAGGUAAAAAUAGAGGUUGUUAGAUUUUAUUUUCCCCUUCUGUGGCUGUUUGAUUUGUGCUGAGCAGUUCCUCCUGAGUUGAUCCACUUUGCUUUCGUCAGACAUUUUGCUGCCGUGUGCAUCGUUUCGUUGUGUAGUUUUACUGAAAUAUGGGAUAUAUCUAUUUUUUUCGUAGCAACUUGCUGAGUACAGGAAUGAGUGGGACGCCGUUUCCUUUCUCGAUUUUUGUAUCUUCUCUUCAAACUGUCCGAAGGAUUGUAGUUUUGUAACUUCUUCCAGGAAUGACACUUUCUGAACACAGCAAGAAUGUACUGCACCGUUGUUUCUCACCUGCUUCUCAUUUCUGCACACACGUGACAAUCAUGUUGCGCUUUAGACAUUAUGUUUGAGUUAGAAAUAGUUGACAUUUGUGUACCGAGUUCUUUUAGCAUAUCAACUUGUUCCAGUGAAUCCUAAUGUGUUAGAGCUUUAAAAAAAAAAGAUUACAAAAUGUUGCCGUAAUAUUUUUUUUCCUCCCAUCUUCUAAGCUACAGUCUAUCCCAACAUGUGCAGCGAUCACUGAAGAUGUGAUUCUGUUGCACGCAGAGCAUUCAUUCACCACAUCAUUAGGCCGAGAUUUGAUUCAUGAAAUAGAAGUCUACAUGUGAUGUAAAUACAUAUUUGAAACAGUCUUAUUUGCAGUGACGUUUCAUCACAAGAUGCUGAUUCUCUUGUUAAACUGAAUCAAUAAACGCUGUCAACUUCA